GUGAAAGGAAAAGCGACCACAGCCACCGGCAGGGCUUUGCAGGUGGAAAAAAUGCUUAGGCACAAAGGAGGCUUCUGCCCAAAAGCUGGCCCUGCAGGUGACAGGGAACAACAACAACAGCCCUCCCCAACACACCUGACACCAACACCUCUGACCCAGCGCUUUCGCAACCCCGUUCACCCACUACAGCCACUCUGCCCCGAGACCACAACUGCCACCACAAUCCCCGGCCACGGACACCCCAGCUAAACCCUGCCUGUCCCGAGACCACUACAGCCACCAGCCCAAACCAGAAACCACGGGCGGAAACCCCCAGCAAUCGGAAAGCGAAGAAGGGAAAGCUGCCACCAUACAAAGCCGCACGCCCGGCGGCGUCCCAAGCACAGCCACCAGCACCAACACCAGCAGCACCAACACCGAGCCUCGCCGGGCUCCUGCUCAGCACCGGCCGACAGCACCCACAGACCCACCAUGGCUGCGCUCAAAGCCCCACAGACACGCCUGCCGCACGCCGCCCCGGCGCUCCCGCUCCUCCUCACCGCUCUCGCCACCGCCCUCGCCUGCCAACAGCUCUGGACACACGACGACACCUUCCCUGGCGACGCACUCCGCCUCCUCCAGGACAUGGCUCCCAGCCACACACAGCCCUGCCACCUCCAGGAGCCGCCCUUCUUCCCCGACACCCUCCUCCGCGACAACCUCCACCCGCACCAAGCCGCCGUCACCGCCCUACGCAUCCUCCAGCACCUCUUCCACACCCUCAGCACCAACAGCACCCGCCAGCACUGGCCCACCCAGGCUCGCAACGACCUCCUCAACAAACUCCAGCACCACAUCCACCUCCUCGAGCAAUGCCUCCCCGACAACGCCGCGCUCUUCAAAGGACCACGCAACCUGCUGCUCACCGUCAACAAGUACUUCAGGGACAUCCACCUCUUCCUCCGUGCCCACAACCACAGCGCCUGCGCCUGGGACCACGUCCGCCUCGAAGCUCGCGCCUCUUUGCAGCACCUCCACAACCUCACACGCACCAUGCGCCGCUAGCACAGACACCCACGCCCAAAACACCCACCUCCAGGACCUCACCCGCCCGUCCCCCCAACCAGCGACAACCGACGUGCCUGUAACAACCGCACGGCACUCGCAGCCUGCAACCACUGCGUCUCCACUGGUACAGCCUCUCCCCUUCAUUAGGACUGAAGACUUUCUCUACUCAAUUAUUUGUUUGCUCAUUUAUUUAUUUAUUACCUUAUUUAUUUAUUUGCCUAUUUAUUUACUUAUUCACGUAUUUAUUUUUCUACUUACUCGCUAUUUUAUGCCACGGAAAAUAAAGACCCAUGACAAAACAACUGCCACUGCCUCUUGUCUCACUAGCACUGCAACCGCUCUUUGGGCCGGGGGAAAGCCUUCUCUGUUCAACACCAACUCCAAGCCCCGCUCCAAACAGUCCCUGCCCACUCUUCUCACUGGCCCAGCAGCAUCCUGGAGCAACCACUCGGGAAAAGCCAUUGCCAGCAUUUGGCCAACACCCCAGAAUCACCACCCAAAAAUAAAGAAGCGCUAAGGUUGGAAAGCACCGCUGCAGCUCAUCCGCUUCAUCCAUCCAAAUGCCUGGCCCUGGCACUUACAGACAAGGAUGGCCCGCGGGACAGUGUCAAACACUUGCCACAACUCCAGGCACACAAGGUCACUUACUCUUACACAGCGCUCCACAGCCCUAACUACACAGAACAUCACCAAAAAUGCCGGGAACGGCAAUUUCCCACUUUCAAAAGCCACAGUCAGUCCCCAUUUCCAGUCACCUGUCUCAUUUCCAGCGGCCUUAGCAGAGCUUCUCUUUCCCACAGAAGCUGCCUCAUCAUCUUGCCUGCAACGAAGCUCACGCUGACUGCUCUGCAGUUCACACACUCUUCUGCUAUUCCCUUUGUAAAAACAGGGGGACUCUUUCCCUUCUUCUACUUAUUGGUGACUUGACAAACAUCAUUUCUCAAAACCGAUCAACGCUGGCCUACAACUCCACCUGACAGUCCUCUCAGGACUUGCAGAUGAAUCUCAUCAUGGACUUCCACAUACUCAGCUUCCUUAGACGGUCUCACACCACAUCUUAUCCUCCAGUGGCCUCGGCCUCUUCAUUCUUCAUUGCAGGGCUCCCAGCACUUGCCUUCCGUGAUGUUGGCAGUGUGGCAGGAGCUCAAUGACACACAAGGCUGCAACCACCUGCUCCUCUCCACAGCCUCUUCUCCCUGAAGUCUAAAACCCCCAGACCCCAGCACCCACUCAUCGUACGAAUAGUCACGAGGCUACGUCCUCGUGAGGCCAGCCAUGUCAUCCCCGCGCAAAUCUGUGAACAAACAAAGAGGUGCAAACACCUCUUUGCUCUCCCCAGAUUUUGGCCUUUCUUUAAAGGCAUCUGAAACUACUGGCAGGUCUUCUCUACUCCACCUGAAGCAGCCCAGCCCCCUCAGCCUUUCUCACACGUGAUGUCCUCUCAUGCCCUCUGCAUCUUCGCAGCAGACAUUCCUGCCAAAAGCUCCACUCCUCCCCGCCAUGAACUAAAGAGCCUUGAGCUGGACACACUCUUCCGGGGGAGGGCUCCGGCAAUCCCAAAACACAGCACCGUUCCUCUGGCGGGCGACAGUCCCCCUUCGCUCUCUGCCUGCCUCAUCUACGGAAGCAGGCGAAACAAAACUAUGGCCCCGCUCUAACGCCAAACAAACACCACCACAGACACACAGCAAACAACACAGGAGCAACAAAGCUCUCCCGGUUUUCCUACUCCUUCUUCAUCGACCCUAUUUUGAAAUGUCUUGUUGCCCUGCCACCUCAGCUUCCGAGACGGCACCUGGGCCACACCGCUGCAAGAACGCACUCGCGGCCUCCGAGGCUUACUCCCGCACACAGC